ACAUCACAGGCAGCCUCGUGCUCCAACGCCUGCAUAUUGUGCGCUGGCUAGCCUGAUACCCCACGCCCCAGCUCUCCCCGCCUCGCCCUCGCAGGUCUUGACGAUCCGGUGAUAUAGCAUAUCUAAGGGGACAAACCUCGUUUGCAACCCCCCUUCCCUCCUUCAAUCAUGAUGCGCCUGUUCCGCAAGAAGCCAGCCAGCGCCGAGCCGCAGCGCGAGCUGACAGAGGAGGAGCUCAAGCGCCUCCAGCGCCGCCGCAAACUUGGCAACACCGCUACCAUCUUCGCCGCUGGCUCUGCCAUGUUCUCAGACGGCUACGCCAACGCCGUCGUCUCGCCCGUCAAGACUAUCCUCACCCGCUUGUACCCCGACUGGCUUGAGGCCGACAAGUCGGAGAACGGCACCAUCUUCGGCGCUGUCGGUUUCGCUGGAAUGGUUGUCGGCAUGCUCAUGUUUGGACUUAUCUCGGACAAGCUCGGCCGCAAGCCUGGAAUGUUCAUCACGACGGCAAUCAUCUUCGUUUUCAUGAUCCUCAUGGCAUGUGCGGCCGGCCCCAACCCUCAGGUCCUCAUGAACUGUCUUAUCGCCUUCCGCUUCUUCGUCGGUAUCGGCAUCGGCGGCGAGUACCCCUGUGGAUCAACCGCAGCGGCUGAGGCAACGGAGAACGAGGGUGUGAGCAAGAAGCGCCAACAGCGCUUGUUCGUCUGGGCCACUCACUUUAUCAUCGAUGUCGGUUUCCCCGUGGCGUGGUUCGUCCCGCUCGUGCUCCUCUGGAUCUUUGGCAUGGACCACCUGCGCGCCGUCUGGCGUGGCUCGCUGCUGCUCGGCGCUGUGCCGCCGCUCCUCCUCACCUUCUUCCGCCUGUUUAUGGACGAGCCCGAGGCGUACCAGAAGAACGCGAUGAAGCACGUCAAGAUCCCCUACCGCCUCAUCCUCAAGCGCUACUGGCCCAAGCUCCUCGCCGUGUCCUUUUGCUGGUUCCUCUACGACUGGAUCACCUACCCUUUCGGCAUGUACGCGGGCGACAUUACGUCGGCGGCCACUGGGCCCAACCCCACGCUGUACCAGACGCUCGGGUGGGGCUGCCUCGUCAACUUCUUCUACGUGCCCGGCGCGUUUGUCGGCGCAUGGAUGUCCGACUGGCUCGGGCCAAAGUACUGCAUGGUGUUCGGCAGCGUCAUGCAGGCUGCCUUCGGCUUUGGCCUCUCCGGUGGCUACGAGUAUUUCAAGAAGCGCGUUGUCGGCUUCGCCAUCGUAUACGGCAUUUUCCUCUCGUGGGGAGAGAUUGGCCCGGGAAACAACCUCGGCCUCUUUGCCGCCAAGGCUGCCGGCCCCACGGCCGCGCGCGCCCAGCUGUACUCGAUCGCUGCUGCGAGCGGCAAGGUCGGCGCCUUCGUAGGAACCUAUAUCUUCCCGCACAUCGUGGCGCAGUUCGCCAAGCGGUCGAAGCUGCUCGAGCAGACCGGCAUCUUCUACGUUGGCUCGGGCGUCGCGCUCCUCUCCGCAACCGUUACCUUCUUCUUCCUGCCCAACAUCAAGCCAGACAACAUGAUCGACGAGGAUCGCCUCUUCCGCGAGUAUCUCAUCGAGAAUGGCGUCGAUGUGUCCGGCAUGGGCAUGUUUGCCGACAAGGACGCCGAAAAGGCUCAGGACGAAACCAAGGACAAGCCGGAGUUUGACAAGGUGAAUGUCGUCGAGCGCGAGUAAUAUUCUUGUGGGCAAAGUCGAGCCAUGUACCACCCACACUGUGGAAUUGCACCGAGCGCACGCGGGCGUGCCGUCCCAGUACGAGUCUCAUCACUUGUAGCCGUAACAAUGUAUAAUCUGGGACAUGCAGAACUUAACGUUAUCGCCA